AUGCGGGAACUCCAUAUUUAUGAUGGUGUUCAUGCUCUAUUCGCCAACAUUGACUGGGAGCGUCUUUUAUGUGCAAAGUUUGGUACUUGUCCUUUAUUGACCCGAGAGUUCCUAGCUACCCUGAGUGUGGUCAACCAAGAGGGAAACUUUGCUUUUCGCAUUUUUAGCACCCCUCACUCUAUUCACGUGGACCAGUUAUGUACUUUCUUUCAUACCCCCGCCACCAACUUAGCUCAACCUGCCCCUGCUUUCGACGUGCGCGAUUUUUGGCAAUCCAUUAUCAGUUUGUACUUUUAUGAUCCAUCCCAAUCUGUUCAGACUAGCAUUCUCCAUCCAAUCCUAAAAAUCGCUUUGAAAAUUAUUUGCAUUAUUAUUUACGCUCAGGUUGAGACUAUGAAAUCCGGUAAAGCCGAUCUUUUUAUCUUAUGGUGCAUGGUCGCCAGAUGGUACCGCCCUUAUUUUGGUGACUUAAUCAUCAAAAGAUUCCAUAGAGUUUUAAACCUUCGCACCGGCGGUGCCAUUCUUUGUGGUGGUCUGAUCACCAUCAUUGCUCGCACCCUCGUAGAGCAGUCUCCCCCGGAGUACACCUUCUUUACGGGUGAAACCUUCCGUUUAACUCUGUAG